AUGGACGGUACUGAUAGAGACGCUUUUGAACCGCGAAUUAUUCGUGCGAUGAACUCGCAAGCAAUCGGUAUGUCAAAUCCAGUUCUUAGCCAGCCGUCGUCGAUAUCACAAUCACCAGCGAGCUUUCAACCUAGAGCAGGCUCAACCGCUAACGGCAGUUUUGUGGCCCCUAGCGUCUCGCCAACUGGAUCUUCAGUAACUCCAUCUACCAACUUCCGUGUUGCACAGGCUUGUGACCGUUGUAGGUCGAAAAAGACACGCUGCGAUGGGAAACGACCUCAGUGUUCACAGUGUGCAGCAGUGGGCUUCGAAUGUAAGGUAAGCGAUAAGCUUUCCCGCCGUGCAUUUCCCAAGGGCUAUACGGAGACCCUGGAAGAGCGUGUGAGAGAACUAGAGGCAGAAAACCGUCGUUUGGUGGCAUUAUGCGAUCUCAAAGAUGAACAGCUGCAUUUGAUGUCACGAUACUCGUCUUCCAAAUCUCGCUUCGGAACGACUUCCUCUCCAGAGGACGAUCGUUUGCUACAACAACUGAGCUCCUCUAACGGUGGUUCGCUGCGUGUCAGUUCCACAAACCUUUAUCUUCUCAACAAAACCUCGCCUUCUGAAGAGGGAAAUGCUGGGAGCCAUAGAUGCCAGGUCUCUAAUUGCAGUGACUCGUCGCACCCGCAUCUUCAUGAAAAACCUGUGAGCACAAGCUUCACCGAUCCACAGGCUAUUUCCUUUGAACAAAACGAGGCGCCAGGACUACCGGCUGUUCAAGCUCUUUCCAAAAUGGCAAACCACGAGUAUUCAUCGCAACUGGCAUGUCUUGUUGCAUUAUCCAUACCGCGCUCGACUGAAGAGAUACUGUUUAUCCCAAGGCUACUGGCACGGUUGGGACAAGUCUUCGGACUAACGUCAAAGCAGUGUAUCUACACAGCUUCGCUAUUGGCAUCUUUGAAAGAGCCUGCGCAAGUGAUGGUUCCGAACACUGAUGGUCUCACACAACUAAGGGUAAAGAGUUUGUGGGAAAUUGAUGACUUAAUGUGGUUCUUCACGCAAAGUUGCAGGUUCAACCUUGAUUCGAGCAGCAAUCCAGAUACUCUGUCUUUUGUGGAAAUCGAGGACUUGAUAUCAAAGUAUUUUGAUAGCUGCCAUGCUUUUAUACCGGUUCUGAACGAGAACGAAUUUUACAACUACUAUUUCAAGUUCAAGGACGAUCUUAUCCGUGAUAAGGAGCUGUUUACUGAAUCAAGCGCAUCUUUUGCCCACCGCAGCAAAUCCAUAUCCUAUAAAAUUUUCGGCUGUAUUUUGAUGGUGGUAUGCCAGUUUGGAAUCAUAUUGAAAGUAAAAAGCGAAAACCUGGGGACAAAACAUAAGCUGAGCCGAAUCAUGAACUACUACAAUACUUCAAUUCCAGCGGUCAAAUCUAAUCCAUAUUUCACUGUCAAGACAACCUCUAUCAAAAUACUGCAGUUAAUGUCAUUGCUGUUAUUUUAUUUUUUGAACACGGGAGAUGUAUCAUCCGUUUAUGAGGUAAGAGGUAAGAUUGUUUCCAUGGCACAGCAAUUGAGACUCCACCGUUGCCCAAGUGCAGUUUUAGGCACCGAGGGUUCUACAAUGAGCAAGAACGAGCAAGGCGAUCGAAGGUUACUAUUCUGGGGCAUCUAUUAUUUAGACGUUUUCUCGGCACUACAAUUAGGUGUUCCGCGUUUGCUAAAAGAUCAUGAAAUUGAAUGUGCUCUACCGUUAAGCGAUAAUAGCAAAGAAGGUGUCACUUUAUCGGACCAAGUAGUAAAGCUUGAAGGGCAAGUUUCAGAGUUUUCUUUAUCGUUGUUACGCUUCUCAAAAAUUUUGGGUAACAUUCUGGACUCCAUUUUCAAACGAGGAAUGACCGCUGCUACUGCUCAACAGGUGGCUUUAAUUCAUGAAAAUGCCUUGGAUGACUGGAUGAGAAGCCUACCGCAGAAACUCAAGUUUCAACUUGAUGUGAAUGGAACAGUCGAUACCAAAGAGUUUAGCAGAGGUAAUGAGUGGGUACAGGAACAUGGACAAGGAGAUAAGAGAGCUCUCAUGAUACUAUAUUUUAUGAUAAAGUGUUUGGUACAUUUACCAGUGCUGGCCGCAAAACCUUUUUCGACAGGGCCACAGAAUGAGAUAGAAUCUGAGGACACUCUGAUAAGCGAUGAUUCAAGUAGAUCUGCAGACCGUUCCUCGUCCCAUGUACUCUUGCAGCAAGCCAUAAACACCUUUUUGAGCGUACAGUCUACUUUGGGAAACCGGUAUCUACCCCUUGCGAUAAACAUGCCAAGAAUUAAGUCUCAGUUUGCAUUACUGAGCGCUAAAGGUGCAUUAGAUUAUACCAAAGGUGGGACAUUAUUUCAAUACAGCAAGAAUUUGUUACUUGACGUGGUGAAAGAAGUUGAAGAUACGAAAAGACUCGAGAUUCCUGGCUCGCUGUCGUGGCAUAGCUUGAUCUUAUUAGAUAUGGCUAUCAAUGUCAUCUUACAGCCGCCACAAACCAGUCCAGAAAAACUGGACAAGCUUUUGGGGAAGCGUCUUCAAUAUUACAACAAGCUAAUGGGUCGGUCAAACAACAGUUCUGGCUCUAAAAGGAAGCAUGAAGAACAAAACGGUGGGAACUCACUAAAAUUGACGCCCGCAAGCUCGGAGUGCGAGUCUCCCGCUGAGAAAAAGGUCAAAACGGAACGCAAUGACAAACUCUUACCAAUUGGAGGGGAUACAAAACCUCCGCCGCAAGGAAGAGACUUUGGCUCCAGCACCAGGGCCAAUUUCGGCGGCAGUAAUGCCCAGAAUGCUAUUGCUGAAGCCUUUCAAUUCGAUACGGUGCUGAAUAGUAGCUCAUUCAGUAACACAGAUCUAAGUGCCUUUUUUACCGCAGAUGGAGGGGUUACGAACAUGGGAAGCGGUAUCUCAAGUUUAAACCUCGCCGGAGUGGGAAAUGGUGACUCCGCAAACAAUCACCAAAAUGGACCAGUUGCUCGCAACCAGCUUCAAACAUCUUUUGACGAUGGGCUAUUCAGGGUUCCAAGUAAUGGUGAUUUCUUGAAAGACUACUAUCGCGUACCUGGUGCAUCGUCUUCGCAAUUGAAUCUUAUCUUUUUGAACGCCCAUGCGGGUUCAGGAGGACAGGAUGCGUCUGUCCAUGCCAAAAACAGUAAUGACAAUAAUAUCAAUAAUAAUUUCAACGACCGUGGCAAUGAGACAGCGUUGAGCUCCGCUGCUGGAACGAAUCAAGCAUCAAUAUUGGCGCGGGGGUCUGGCUUUACAGUGGAUGCAUCGCUUGGACUGGCGCCCUUGUUGGCUUGGAGUCCAACUGGCGCUGAAAAUCACGAUGCUCGUACCGCGUCUUUGCCAAGUUCUUACGCCUCUGUCAACGCUGCAAUUCCAACCAGACAAGAUAAUCGGGGGGACGUUAAUUUUGAGUCGAUGGGAGACUCAAAACAGGAAAACGGGGACGAUACUGCAAUAACUAUGCCUGCAAGGGCGCAUCGCGGACCACGCCGGAGAUGGAACACAGCGUCCGGGGCCACGGAAUCUCCAACGCAGUAUUCUCAGGAAAACAAUAAUGAUAGCGAAGGUAACUUUCAAGAUUUGUUUCAAUGGCAAAAUUCUGGAUUUUAG